CCACUAACUCAGCAAGCGCGCAUUCCCUUCGUUGAGAACCGACAACCGUGCUCGGCAUUUGCCGGAUUCGGCAACGGCGCGCCGCGUCCCCGUUUCCCCGUGCCACUAUUUUCCCCAGGCGAACGAACAACUUCGGACGCUGAGGUUCAGCCCAUCCAGAGAAAGACUCACUCACGGGGAGGAGAGUUAUUAGUUGUCAACUGAAUGUGUGCGUAUGUACUAGAAAAUAACUAUCUAUCUCGAACAUAUUCGAAUUUGGGUCUGAAUCACGCAUUUCACGCCCGGUGGUGAGGCUUGUGCAUGUUUGGUGGUUCGACGACGAGAUUUCCUAGAAUUGUGAAGUUACUCAUCGGGCUGGAAAUUGCCAGACGCUUCUUGGUUCUUGAAGGCUUCAGUGGAAAUUGCGUAUAUUUACGGGGGAGGAAGAUUGGAACCGACGCUCGUCUUGCCACACCCGUUCGAAGACCAAGAAGGCGCCUUUCUUUCUCCUUCUUUAGGAUUAUAUGGCCAACCCGCACUCACUCACUUGCUGUCUGACUGGCGUUCUCACUCGAUCCAGAGUGUGAGUGUGAGAGAGAGAAAAAGGCUGAAGACCACCGAGCAAGGGCCACUGGAAGUGCCUUUGAAGCCUUAGCCGCCCUUUCUGCCUGAGUUCCAAUAGCACGUGAACGAGCCUUCCCGACUUCCCUUAGGAGGGCUUUCUUGCUUGCUUUUCAUCCUUGGGAUUGGAGAUCACAAGUACUGCUUCUACUAUACUGUGGGAGGAGGAAGCAGAAGAAAAUAAGUCUAUGUACUUACGUUGUGGUAAAAGGCCCAAAGGUUGUCCUCGUUUCCUACUCCUGUUGUUGUGUGAGUGAUUGAAGGCCAGAAUCCUCAACAGGAAGUCCCUCAAGUGCUUUUCGAGUGGUGGUGGUGAUUUUUUUUCAUGAAUAGUCCCCAGUGUUUUCCACGGAAGAGGUGCUGAGAAGCUGAGAAGCUCUCGAUCUUUGCUGAGACUACCAGUAAUCCCGACGACCAGUUGAAAAUGAGUCUUUCAAGUCAGCAGAAUGUGGCCCUUUUGGCCUUGUUUGUAAGUGUGACCAGCAGUUUGGUUCUAGUGGCGGGUGAAGGCAACGAAAUCCCACCCGUGGAAAACCAAGUCAAGUCACAGAAGAAGGGCUUGCUCACCUCAUGUAUAGACGAUUCGGAUUGUCUCAAGCUGGGCGAGGGAAACAAGUAUGCCUGCUUUUUGUAUGUGUGCUAUCCAUGGCGGGAUGACUCCAAAGUCCCGGAGGACGAGCGACGCGACACCUGUCGGAAGGAUUCCGACUGCUCAUCUGAUCAGGAGUGCCAUCGGCAUCACGAUAGGCGAAAUAUUGUCAAGGGUCUCUGUUUCGACGAGAUCAGUGAAUGUGAAACUCCCAAUGAAUGCUCGGAGGGCUUCGGGUGUUGCGGAGGAUACUGCUGCGAACAAAAAUACUACGCACACUUCACGGAUCUCCCUUGUGUCUCUCACCUGGGAUGUCGGGACCUUGGCCUUGGCCAAUUUUGUUGCCCUCGUGACAAUGGUACGGACGUGUGCUGCAAUACCGACCCGAACCCGCCCACGACUCAAGCACCGGUACGUGCUGCCACCGGGGGCCAGUCAUCUGUCGUUCCCUUCCAUCCGGUUGCCAAAUACGCUUUGGCCGCACUUUUGCUUUUGGCAAUAAAGUUUUAAAUCAGAGGGCUGUGUCACUCUCUCUCUCUCUCUCACUCUUAUCUGUUUGUCUGUCUGCCUUUGCUUGUUCCCAAUCAAAGACGCCGCCAAGAAUGAAGACCAACUCCACCCAUACGUUCAGAUCAAUAUCAUUCAACCCCAUGGGAGGUCUGGCAUGACCUUUUCUUCAAGGCUCAUGCUCACUGCUCAACAGCUGUUCCUCAUCUAGUCCAGUGACAGCUGAUGCAGCUGACGUGUGUCAACAGCUGACAUCGUCGAUCAAAUAACAGCUGACACGAUCCUGGUUGGGAUACACAUGAAUACGCAUUUACGAGGAGAAGGAAUAAAGGUCUCUCGUUCCUUCGCUUGUGGAGGCAAGCAAGACCUUUUGGUCACCAGCAUAUUGAUAGACACUGUAGACUCUGUGUUUGAUUUCAUAGAAGGAGGUUCUCGCUCCCUCGUGCAUUGAAUGGUUAGUACUGAGCUUUAGUCACUGUCAAUCUCGUUUUGAACAAAAAAAACAUCAAUUCUCGAAAAAAUAACACUCGCCAGAAAAAUGUCGAAACAAGUCUGAACUGUUUUUUUUUUCUUUCAACCCCUUCCCAAACUCGCCCAAACCCUGCAAUCUUAUACUCAUUGUUCUCCUCAGUAGACAUUGAAUAUUCGUCAAUGUCUCUUUUAUCAUGCCACUGUUUCACUUGAACGAACGAAUGAGAAAUAUCCCGAUGAAAACCUUUCCCCCUCUCAACCAAACAUGUCAACCACCCCUUCCCAGCAAGUAUAAGCCUUUAAUGAAGUUUUAGUCAAUUUUCCUCCAAACUUUCCUCCUUGUCGUCCUCCUUCUUCGAACAUCGUAUUAAUCGUCUCUACAAAUCAAAUUAUUGCUUCAAAAAAUAACAACAACAUGGAAUUCGACCUCACCCAAGAUUUGAGAACUCGUUCUUUCUCUAUUCUUGUGUUGUUUUUGAAUCGUUAGUGUUCAUUUCGGAAUGGCUCGGCAUCGAAUAAAUGAAGAAUUUUAUUGAAGAA